GGGCAGAGUAACUUCCUCUUCCGUGUCACCCACGGGAGCGUGAUGGCGUCGGCGGAGCCUCUUGUGCUGCUUGGAGGGUGGAAGCGGCUCCUGGGAGAGGGAGAGGAUGCCAAGAAGAGCACUCUGGACAACAGAGAAUGAGAAGCAGCAUUAAAGUGCAAAAUAAACCAUCAUUCAAAAUAUUUUCCAAUAACUCUGGAAAGUUUAAAAAACUCUUCUUCCUCAGCAGAUGAGAAAUGAAGGAAAGAAUAACAAGAACAAUAUUUUGAGCUGGAAAAAAAUAGAGCAUACGGAACUGAAAAAAACCAUUAAAUGAGAAAUCAAAGAGGAUAAUAUUUAAAUAAUGAAAAAGUGAGGAACAACUUGAAGUCAAUAGGAAGAAAAAGGUUCCAUGUAGAGUCAAAGUUGGCAGGCAUUAAUUAAAGCCUUUGAGGAAGGAAAGAAUGGCUUAAAACAACCACCAGGCAAGAGAUCAGAAAUAUUUUUUGCCACCUCAAGAAUCCAAGCAUAUCAGUGUUGGAAAAACCCCGCACACAGCCUAAUGUGGGAAAAACACAGGCUGCAGCUCACAUCUAAUUCUGCAUAACAGGAUCCAUCCAGUGAAAAGCCAUACAAAUGUUUGGACUGCGGCAAAAGCUUUUCUCGGAAAAGCUUCCUCAUGGUUCAUGGAAGAACCCAUACUGGAGAGAAGCUCUACCAAUGCUCCCAAUGUGGCAAAAGAUUUAGCAUUCAUUCCAAUCUGGUGAGACACCAGAGGACUCACACUGGAGAGAAACUAUUUGAAUGUCCUGUUUGUGGGAAAAGUUUCAGUCAAAAUUCCCACCUGGUGGAACACCAGACGACACACACAGGAGAGAAACCAUAUAAAUGUCCUGUUUGUGGGAAAAGUUUCAGUCUGAAUUCCAACCUGGUGAUACACCAGAGAACUCACACAGGAGAAAAACCAUAUCAGUGCCUGGAUUGUGGGAAACGUUUCAGUCAGAGUUCCUACCUAGUGAAACACCAGAGAAUUCACACAGGAGAAAAACCGUAUGGGUGCCUGGAUUGUGGGAAAAGUUUCAGACAGAAUUCCCAGCUGGUAGAACACCACAGGACACACACAGGAGAGAAACCGUAUAAAUGUCCUGUUUGUGGGAAAAGUUUCAGUCUUAAUUCCUGCCUGGUCAUACACCAGAGAACUCACACAGGAGUAAAACCAUUUCAAUGUCCGGAUUGUGGGAAAAGUUUCAGUCAGAAUUCCAACCUGAUGAUACACCAGAGAAUUCACACUGGAGAAAAACCGUAUCAGUGUCUGGAUUGUGGGAAAAGUUUCAGUCAGAAUUCCCAUCUGGUGAAACACCAGAGGACUCACACAGGAGAAAAACCGUAUGAGUGCUUGGAUUGUGGGAAAAGUUUCAGUUGGAAUUCCAACCUAGUGGAACACCACAGGACACAUACGGGAGAGAAACCGUAUAAAUGUAGUGAUUGUGGGAAAAGUUUCAGUCAGAAUUCCUGCCUGGUGAUACACAAGAGGACUCACACAGGAGAAAAACCGUAUGAGUGUUCAGAAUGUGGGAAAGGUUUCAGUUGCAAGUCUGAACUUGGGAAGCACCAGAAAACUCACACAGGAGAGAAACCAUAUGAGUGUCUGUAUUGUGGGAAAACUUUCAGUAAGAAUUCCAAUUUGGUGAUACACCAGAGAACCCACACAGGAGAAAAACCAUAUCAGUGUCCAGAUUGUGGAAAAGGUUUCAGGCAGAAUUCCCAUCUAGUGGAACACCAGAGGACUCACACAGGAGAGAAACCGUAUGAAUGUCCGGAUUGCGGGAAAGAUUUCAGUAGUAGCUUCUCUCAAAAUUCUGACCUGGUGAUACAUCAGAGGACUCAUGUGGGAGAGAGACCAUAUGAAUGCCCAGAUUGUGGGAAAAGCUUCAAGGAGAAUUUCAAGCUCGUAAUACAUCGGAGGAUUCACACAGGAGAAAAACCAUAUGAGUGCCCAGAUUGUGGGAAAGGUUUCAAUUGGAAUUCUGAGUUGGAAGUACACCAGAGGACUCACACAGGAGAAAAACCAUAUGAGUGUCCUGAUUGUGGGAAAGGUUUCUCUCGGAAUUCUAACCUGGUGAAACAUCAGAGGACUCACACAGGAGAGAAACCAUAUGAAUGUCAUGAUUGUGGGAAAAGUUUCAGUCAUAAUUCGUACCUGGUGAGACACCAGAGGACUCACACGGGAGAGAGACCAUAUGAAUGUCCAGAUUGUGGAAAAGGAUUCAAUAUGAAUUCUGAGCUGGUGAUACAUCAGAGGAUUCACACAGGAGAAAAACCAUAUAAGUGUCUGGAGUGUGGUAAACGUUUCAUUCAAACUUCCCACCUGAUUAUACACCAGAGGAUUCACACAGGAGAGAAACCAUAUGACUGUCCAUAUUGUGAGAAACGUUUCACUCGGAAUUCUGACAUGGUGAUACACCAGAGGACCCACACGGGAGAGAAACCAUAUAAGUGUGCAGAUUGUGGGAAACAUUUCACUCGGAAUUCUGACAUGGUGAAACAUCAGAAGACACAUACAGAAGAGAAACCAUAUAAAUGUUGUGAUUGUGGAAAAAGUUUCAGUCAGAAUUCCUACCUGGUGAAACAUCAGAGGACUCACAUGGGAGAGAAACCAUAUAAGUGUGGAGAUUGUGAGGAAAGCUUCCAUCGGAAUUCUCACCUGGCGGUACACCAGAGAACUCACACAGGAGACAAACUGUAUCAGUGUCCGGAUUGUGGUAAAAGUUUCACUCGGAAUUCUAACCUGGUGAUGCACCAGUUGACUCACACAGGAGAAAAAUUAUAUGAGUGUCUGUUUUGUGGGAAAAGUUUCUUUCGGAAUGACAACUUGGUGAUUCACCAGAGGACUCACACGGGAGAGAAACCAUAUGAGUGUCCUGAUUGUGGGAAAAAUUUCACUCAGACCUCCCACCUGGUGAGACACCAGAAAACUCACACAGGAAAAAAACCCUAUGAGUGCCUUGAUUGUGGGAAAAGAUUCAGUUGGAAUUUCCACUUGGUGAUACACCAGAAGACUCACAUAGGAGAGAAACUGUAUGAAUGUCCAGAGUGUGGAAAAAAAUUCAGUUGCAAGUCUGAACUGGUGAAACACCAGAAAACUCACAAAGAAAAGAGAGUGUAUGAUUGUCCGGAUUGUGGGAAAAGUUUUCUGCAUAAAUCCAAGCUGGUGCUACAUCAGAGGACUCACACAGGAGAGAAACCGUAUAAGUGUCUUGACUGUGGGAAAUGUUUCUUUCGGAAUUAUGAUUUGGUGAUACACCGAAGGACUCACACAGGCGAAAAACCAUAUGUGUGUCUUGACUGUGGGAAAUCUUUCUGUCGGAAUUAUGACUUGGUGAUACACCGAAGGACUCACACAGGAGAGAAACCAUAUGAGUGUCCAGAUUGUGGGAAAGGUUUCAGUACUAGGACUAGCCUUCUAAAUCAUGUAAGGUUACACAUAGGAGAAUAACCAUUUAUAUACCCAGAUUGUGGGUAGUGUUUUGCUCACAAUUCCUCCCUUAUCACACAAGAAAUUUCACUUGAGCAAAAUUUGAUGUGUGUAGAGGAGUCUUGAAUUUCAUUUCUUGUCUCUUAUGGAAGCGCAGCUGAGCAAUUCACCAUAUAAUUUUUUUGCCUGAUUCUAUUUAGUGAAACAUGUCAUAGUAUCAAACAUCAGGGAGAAAUAAAAUAACAAAAUUAGAAAUAAGAAAAAUAAGAAAUAACAAAAAUGCUCUAAUCUGAGCAUUUUUUCUCUGUCACAUUGACAUAGUUCCCUUUCAUGGAGUCGAGGAGAACUGCCAUACUGGGCCAGAAAAAGCAAGCUUGGAUCGUCAUUAGGCAUGUUUGUUACCUUUAGUUAUUUCUACAUAUAAUAAAGGGGGAUAUAAAUGUGUUUGUAUGCAUUUUUACUUAAUUUGAAAAUCCUUUUGGCAGCUGAAAUCAAGGUUAUUCCACACGGUUUACAGCAAUAAAGCCUUAAUACAGAAACCAAUAAACUCCAUAUAUUGCAAAUGGCAAAAUGCAAAGCCUCUGCGUUUAACAUGUAUUUAUCCUGCAAAUACAGGGCCCUUCUAGUAAAGUUGGGAUUGGGAUGGUCUGGGAAUUCCAAAAAAGUGAUUCUUGCUUUUGUUUAAUUUAAAAGUUAACCAGGCUUCCUGGCCGUAAUGUUCAUUUCUUGUGCUAUUCUUCCUUAAACCUAGUAAUCUUUCUCAUUGUGAGGAAUUAAAUUAGAGAAUUUAAUCGCAGGAUUAGCAACAACAUAAAUUUGAUAAUUAAAGAAAUUCAUAAACCUUCAGCCUUCCAUCCUUUAUAAGGUAGGUAAAAUGAGGACCCAGAUUGUUGGGGGGGCAAUAAGUUGACUUUGUAAAAAUAUACAAAUAGAAUGAGACUAUUGCCUUAUACACUGUAAGCCGCCCUGAGUCUUCGGAGAAGGGCGGGGUAUAAAUGUAAACAAAAAAAAAACCUUCAGUGCCUUCAGUGACUUCUUUAGCGGGGCCAUUUUUUGGAUUCAUCUGAUUUAUUUAAAAUAUGCAAAAAUAAUAAAAGUGGGGCAAUAAUGACAGGUGCCCUGGUGGCUCACUGGUUAGAAUGCAGUAUUGCCGGCUGACUCUGCCCACAGCCUGGAGUUCAAUCCUGAUGCUGCUCGAGGUUGACUCAGCCUUCCAUCCUUCUGAGAGGCCAGUUGCAUGUAAGACUAUGACAACGUACAGUGGCCAGGUGGGUAUGGCAAGGGAGAUGUGGCUGGGUGGUCACAGCUGGGUUGCAGGUCACAGCUAGGUAGGCAUGGCCAGGUGGGUGUGGCCUACUCGACAGCGCUCACUGGGCGUGGCUGAUUCCAGACAGCUGGGUCGGGAUUGAAUAAGUUGCACCCAAAUUGCUGGCAGCCAAGUGUGCAUGCAGACACACCACUUUCUAUGUAUGGGGAGUUUUAUCCAGAGAGGAAGGAGAGGGCCUUCUCCCCAAGCCCAGGCAUGAUUGGCAGUUUGCAAGCUCACAUGUGGAUAAAAGUCUCCAAGCUUGGGAUGUGAUAUUAUGUGUGUGUGCGUGUGUGCAUGCAGAGCAUGCCAAAAGAGAUGUCCUUUUCCCAGUCCUAGACGUGGUUGGCAUUUCCCUGUCCUGUGCCCCCUCCCAGCAAAGCAGGAGGCAGAGGAUGAUGCUGAUACGUGUGGAAGAGCAGAGGAGAAAAUGUGCAGGAAGCAGUUUCCUCCGAGAUCAACUUCUGCCUUUGAUAGAUCUCUGGAGUGUAAGAGGAGGAGGCAGGGUAGCAGCGCUCCUCAGUCCUCGUGGUGCAAUCUGGAACUGAACACACUCAAAACCGCAGAAAUGGUGGUAGACUUUAGGAGAAACCCUUCCAUACUUCCAUCUCUUACAAUACUAGACAAGACAGUAUCAACAGUAGAGGCCUUCAAAUUUCUAGGUUCUACCAUAUCGCAAGAUCUAAAAUGGACAGCUAACAUCAAAAACGUCAUCAAAAAAGGACAACAAAGAAUGUUCUUUCUGCGCCAACUCAGAAAGCUCAAACUGCCCAAGGAGCUGCUGAUUUAGUUCUACAGAGGAAUUAUUGAGUCUGUCAUCUGCACCUCUAGAACUGUCUGGUUUGGUUCCGCAACCCAACAAGGCAGGCACAGACUUCAGAGGAUAAUUAGAACUGCAGAAAAAAUAAUUGCUACCAACCUGCCUUCCAUUCAGGACCUGUAUAUUGCAUGAGUCAAAAAUAGGGCUGUGAAAAUAUCUACAGACCCCUCACAUCCUGGACAUAAAUUGUUUCAACUCCUACCCUCAAAAUGACGCUAUAGAGCACUGCACACCAGAACAACUAGACACAAGUACAGUUUUUUCCCCGAACGCCAUCACUCUGCUAAACAAAUCAUUCCCUCAACACUGUCAACCUGUUUAUUAAAUCUGCACUACUAUUAAUCUUCUCAUUGUUCCCAUCACCCAUCUUCUACUUAUGACUGUAUGACUAACUUUGUUGCUUGUAUCCUUACGAUCUAUAUUGAUAUUGAUUGUUUCCUGAUUGCUUAUUUGUACGCUAUGACUAUCAUUAAGUGUUGUACCUUAGAAUUCUUGAUGAACAUUUCUUUAUGUACACUGAGGACAUAUGCACCAAAGACAAAUUCCUUGUGUUUCCAAUCACACGGCCAAUAAAAAAAGAAAAUUCUAUUC